UUAGCCUCCACCUCCAUUACAACUACCACUACCACCUCCUCCUCCUCCACCUCUAUUGAAUGUUGACUUCCUAUUUCGGCUUUUCAACCUGUCAAACAACAUUAACAACAGUAACUUUGAAGAGCUACAGUAAGAUCAAAACAAUAACUUGAAUGUGAAAGGAGAAAGAAAAAAGGAGCUUUUUUGUUUAUACUUUUUUUAUUUCCUUUUAGGGAUGUUGUGUUGAGCUUUCCUGGCUCUUUACUGCAAUCUCUUUAUCCAAAUAUUCAUUUAAUCUUGUAAUCAUGUUGCUUCUUAGUUAAUCAACUGUUCUGGUUUCAAUGUUCAGCAUUACAGUUCACAAUCAUCAUCACAUUAUCAGUAAAAUAUUGUGGUACCCUUUCAUCCUGAUUUGUGUUUUUGCUAGUAAAUCCUUCCAUGCUUUCUCUAUUGUUAACCAAGGAAUUUAUGUACAUGAUUGAUGUAAUUAAGUGACAUCUUUACUUUCUAUUCUUCAUUAUCUUGUGAUUACUACAAUCAUUAAUAUUCUCUAUGCUGGAUUUUCUAGAAUUCUACUCCCAUACAAUACCACAGAUAACGUUACACAAAUGACAGGCUCUUGUGUGAUUAGCAAAGCAAAAUUUAUUUUAAAUAGUCCUUUUGUUUACUUUUGUUUCUCUACUAUACUAUACUUUUUUCAUCAACUGGCCAUAUUAUCUUACAGCGAUCAAAUUUAAUCUUCAAAAUCUAAAUCUUGGUCCAUUGAAAUGAAAAACUGGGUACAUUAUUUACCUUUGAAUGUGCUCUUUAACCUGACACCUUGAAACCGAAACUACGGUUUGCUGCUCAAUCAUAAGAAUAGUCAAAUGGAAUUAAUCAAGCUAAUGAAAAGGUUUAAAGUGAAAUUUCUUUUCCUACUUUCAGUUGUAAUAAUAUGUCUUCUCAUUGGCUUAUACUCCAACUUGGGCACUGGUCCAGUUCCUAAUCAUCUGAGAAGUUACAUUGAUUAUAAGCCAUCUCCACUUCCUUCUCACCAUCAAACUGCCAGUGAGUUUAAAAAUGAUUAUUUCAUUAAGGAGACUACGUUAAACCCGAUCAAUGAAGUCCAAAGUACCAAUUUUUCGCUAAUUCAAGGAUGUAUUACAAUCAACCAAGAGAAACUUUUCAAUGAUAAAGUAGUCGUAACCAAUGAGCAAUAUGAGAAUCUCAAUUUCAAGCCUACCUUACAUCUCUAUUGGAAUCAAACCUUCGAGAACAGAUAUCUCAAACGUAAAGAGGACUCUUCAAGCGACCCGCUCAAAGUACUGAUUCUACCCCAUUCUCACAAUGAUCCUGGCUGGCUAAAAACAUUUGAAAACUAUUAUUUAACAACAACUUCAAGCAUACUUAACAAUAUGGUCGAUAAGCUGGACAAAUAUCGAGACUUUACUUUCAUGUGGACUGAGAUUUCUUAUUUAGCUCGUUGGUGGAAAGAUUUGUCACCCACGUCAAAUCUACGCCAAAUGAUAAAGGAUCAAAUAUCUCGAGGACAGCUGGAAAUCACAACUGGUAGCUGGGUAAUGCCUGAUGAAGCUGUUGCUCAUUAUUUUGCUAUUAUUGAUCAGCUCAUUGAAGGUCACCAAUGGCUCAAAGUUAACCUCGAUUUUGAUUCACCACCAAACAAUAGUUGGUCUAUCGAUCCUUUCGGACACAGUGGAACUUAUCCUGCAUUUUUAAGUGCAUCAGGACUUAGAAAUAUGUAUAUUCAACGGAUUCAUUUUGGAUGGAGAUCUAGAUUAGCUGAAAAACAAGCUCUCGAAUUUUGGUGGAAACAAGCAAUUGAUUUUUCGCAGCCACGAUUAUCUUCUACGAGGUCUCUCCUAUGUCAUGUCGCACCAUUCGCUCUUUACAAUAUUAAGCACUCCUGUGGUCCAGAGAAUGAUGUUUGUCUUCAAUUUGACUUUCGUCAAAUUGCUGGUGAAGUCUCUGAAUCUCGAUCCGAGCAAAUCACAAACGAAAAUGUUGCUGCAAAAGCUAAAUUAUUAAUAGACCAAUAUGGGCGAACUGCUUCACUCUAUUCUCAUAAUGUUGCUCUUAUACCGUUGGGUGAUGAUUUUCGAUACGACCAAGACAUUGAAUGGGACCAACAACGUGAAAAUUUUCGCCUCCUCAUGGACCACAUUAAUAGCAAUCCAGAUAAAUUUGAUGGCGCACAAAUAUCUUUUGGAACAUUAAAUGACUAUUUUAAAGAGAUUUCAUUGAGAAGUAAUCGGAAUCCAAGUAAAAAAAUUGACUGGUCACUAGUAGGAGAUUUAAUGCCUUAUGCUGAUAUUUACUCUGGUGCUGGGCCAUCAUACUGGACUGGUUAUUACACAACUAGACCUUUUUGGAAAUCACUUUCUCGUUCAUUGGAAAAUUAUUUACGAAGUGCAGAAAUAUUAUAUUCAUUAGCUCGAAAUAUUGCUUCAAAAAAGCACGAUUCAGUGUCCAUUGAAAAAUUUAUAGAAGACUACAAAUAUUUAACAACAGCUCGUCAAAAUUUAGGUCUCUUUCAACAUCAUGAUGCAAUUACAGGAACAUCUAAAGAAUUUGUUAUGCAGGAUUAUGGAAUUUUGCUUCACCAGGCGAUUACCGAAUCUUUCAAAAUCAUGUCUCAUUCAAUACAAUACCUUAUGAGUCCCAAGAAAACAAUCCAGUCAUCUAUUCUUUUUCCCACUGUCCAGCAAUCAGCCUGGGAUUCACCGAUCCUCAAUAUUCCUCUCACUGUUCCUGAUCAUUCAUCUCGAAAACUUGUUAUAUUUAACAGUCAUCCAAGAGAGAUUUUGGUUCCCAUCACAAUAAGAUGUCGUUAUGAUGCUAUCAUGUUACAUGAAGCAGAACAAAUGACAUCAAUCCCCUUCCAAAUCAAUCCAGUUUGGAAUAACAGUCUUAAUUUGGAUGAUAAAGAAUUUGAGAUAAUUUUCAUGAGCCGAUUACCUCCACUCUCAUUGAAAACGUACACCAUUUCAAUGUUACCCAAAGAUCAAGAUAUUCAAUCUAAGUCUAAGCUCUAUCUUCUCAUGGGCGAUGCAUCUGAUGAAAAGCGUGUAAAAAUUGCUUCAGAAUCAUUGGAGGAUAAAGGGGAUAAACGAUUUCACAGCAUUUUUGAAUUUCCUAAACUUUUCAAAAGUGAUAUUGAACUUAAUACGCCUCAUUUGACCGUUUUAUUUGACCAUUCAACAGGAUUUCCAAAGCUAAUCAAAAGUUCUUCUGGUUCUUGGACUCAUCCAACCUAUAUUAGUUUACAUGCCUACAAAUCUAUAGCUUUUCAUUCUGGAGCUUACCUUUUUCAACCAACAGCCGAUGAUGAUAUUGUGAAUAUCCAUGAUCGAUUUCCUGUUAUCCGAUUAAUCAAGGGUCAAAUUGUAUCUGAAGUCAUUGUCACUCAUUCUAAUAGCAUAACCAUAACUUUUCGUGUGUACCACGACAAAGGUCUCUUUGGAACUGCCCUUGAGAUUGAUCUUUCUUUUAAUAUUGCUAACUCAGAAUUCAAAGAUCGUGAAUUGAUAAUGAGGAUAACAUCAGACUUGGACAAUUUAGAUUCAAGUUCAAAGCAAUAUAAUCCAACAUUUUAUACAGAUUCAAAUGGUUACCAAUUUUUCCGUCGCAAGUUUGUCCCUGAUGUUGGAGUUGCUGCAAAUUAUUAUCCAAUGACAUCGGCAGCUUACAUUGAAGAUUCAAAUAGUCGAUUAACAGUGUUGACAUCACAUUCUCGUGGUGUUACAAGCCCGUCCAAAGGUACACUUGAGAUGAUGCUGGAUCGCCGUACACUAAAUGAUGAUUAUCGGGGAGUAGGUGAACCCAUUAUUGACAACAAAUUGACCCGUUCGAAAUUUCUUCUAGUUUUUGAAGAUUUCACUGAUACCCAAACAAAACCACAAUUUUCAUCAUCUUCAUCCUCAUUGCCAUCUUCAUCCUUCACCUCAUCUACAUCAUCAUCGUCUUCAUCUUCUCCAGAGUUACCAUUUUUAUCUCAACUAUCAUUUCAUCUUUCAACUCAUUUAAUUUAUCCACCUGUCGUUUUUGCAGACGAUGGAUUCGAAGAAAGACCUUUGCUUAAUAGGUUUACUUUUUUGGACAACCCAAUGCCUUGUUACCUUCAUCUAGUCAAUAUUAGAUCUUUACCUCUCUAUAGUGAUUUUGACAAACCCUCCGACUCAAGUCUAAUAAUCGUUCAUCGACCAGGUUUUACCUGCCGUAUAGACAAUCGUCAAUUAUUUGAUAAUAAUCAACUUUGUGCAACCAAUUUUGCAAAGAAAUUUACUAGAAAUCGGAUUAAACAAUUAAGUGAAACUUCUCUUACCGGUUUUCAAACAAUUAGAUCUGGUUUAUCACUUGUUGAUCUCUGGCAAAUAUCGCCGAUGAAACUGGCUGCUUUCAAUGUUACAUUUGAUUCUUCAUGAUAUUUAUUACCAUACUGGCUCGUAUCGACCCGGGUUCGAGUCUCUUUCUAUCUUCCCUUUCUCUUCAUUGAAAAUAUUGUAAAUCAAGUAUAAAAACUUGAUAUAAAGAUAUACAUUUGUAAUUCGAUAUGCGAAUACCCGCAACCAAUUUUACUAUUAAUAAAAAACGCUUGUAUUAUAUGA